AUGACGUUGGUGAACAUGAAGAUUGAAAAGUUCACGGGGAAGAACAGCUUCGCUAUAUGGCAGAUCAAGAUGCAGGCUUUUUUAAAACAACAAGGGCUGUGGGGGCCCCUGUCUGCGAAACAGAAGAAGGCAUCGGUCGAUGACGAUGAGUGGAAUACCCUGGAGGAGAAGGCCCACUCGGCCAUCAUGCUAUCGUUGUCUGAUGACGUCAUCAUUGAAGUCGCUGCUGAGAAGACUGCCACUGGCUUGUGGUUAAAGUUGGAGAGUCUAUAUAUGACGAAGUCCUUGACCAACAAGCUGCAUCUCAAGCAACGGUUGUUCAGCUUGAGGAUGCAAGAAGGUACGCCUUUGAGGGAACAUCUCGAACAGCUUAACUCUAUUUUGCUGGAUAUGCGUAAUAUAGAUGUGCAAGUUGAUGACGAGGAUGCUUCCCUAAUCCUACUGGUUUCUUUGCCGAGUUCAUAUGAGAAUUUCGUUGAUUCUUUUAUUGCUGGUAAAGAAAGCGUGUCGUUGGAGAAUGUCAGGUCUGCUCUUCCUACGAGAGAGACCAGGCAUAAGGCGUCUGGAUCUGGUACAGGUGGUGAGGCAUCGGGUUUGGCUGUUAUAGGUGGAAAGGGAAAGAAGAAAUCUGGUAAAGGGAAUUCGAGCAAGAAUUCCAAGGGUCCUGGUCCACAGCCAGGUGAUGCUUGUCACAACUGUAAGGAAGUGUGGCAUUGGAAGUACAACUGUCCCAAGAGAAGAGGGCAACAUAAGAAACAAGGUUCAGUUGCCGUGGCAGAAGUGGACAACAGUUCUGAAGACGAUCUUGCCUUGGCUGUAGAUGAGAAGGCACAUCGUGGGGAUGUGUGGUUUCUGGAUACUGAAGCCUCAUACCAUAUGUCUCCGAACAGGGAUUGCUUCACAACCUACGAGCAGAUAGAUGGUGGUAACGUGGUCAUGGCUAAUGGAGCUGUCUGCAAGGUUGUUGGAAUCGGGUCCAUAAAGGUUCGGACACAUGAUGGUUCGUUCUGUACCGUGAAUGAUGUCAGGCAUGUUCCACGAAUGACAAAGAACCUGAUCUCCUUGAGUCUACUCGACAGCAAGGGUUUCAGUUUCAAAGGAAAAGGUGGAGUUGUGUAUGUCUGCAAAGGUUCAAGGGAGGUGCUGAAGGGCGUGAAGCGUGGGACCUUGUAUGCAUUACAAGGGUCUGUGUUGUCUGGUUCUGCUGCAGUUGCAUCAUCUCAGGUUCAUCAGGAAGAUAUGGCCACUCUCUGGCACAUGAGACUGGGGCAUAUGAGUGAACGAGGGAUGCAAGUUCUAUCGAAGAGGGAUCUUCUUUGCGGGCACAAGGUGCAGAAUUUGGAAUUCUGUGAGCAUUGUGUGUUUGGGAAGCUACAUCGCAGCAAGUUUCCCAAGAAGGGUAUCCACCGGACGAAGGGGAUACUAGAUUACCUCCACUCCGACUGUUAG